AUGUUUUUAAAUGUCACGUUUUUCAUCUCAACAGCCAGUGCUCUAACUUAUGCAGCUGGAGAUUAUAGUAUCAGACUGGUCAAUGGUAAUAGUGACUGCUCUGGAAGAGUGGAGAUCCGUUAUAAUGGCCAGUGGGGAACCGUGUGUGAUGAUAACUGGGACAUGAAUGAUGCUGCUGUGGUGUGCAGACAGUUACAGUGUGGAUCAGCCAUCAGUGCACCUCAUAGUGCUGCUUUUGGUCAAGGCAGUGGGUCAAUCUGGCUGGAUGAUGUUGAAUGCUCAGGAAGUGAAGGAACCCUCACACAAUGUUCACACAGUGGACUAACAAAUAAUAACUGUAAUCAUGGUGAAGAUGCUGGUGUUGUUUGUUCUGGCGACCUGCAGAUGCCGACCCUUACUUUGACCUCCAGACAUGCAGUUGUUUCUUCUGGAGAAAAUAUCCAGUUCAGAUGCACAACACCAAAACCAAGAUGCAAUGUUAAUGCUGAAUUCCAGCUCUUCAGAAACGGACCAUCUAUAUCCUUCCAGAAACAUGAAUCUAGUGUGACUUUCAACCUUGUUAAUGUAGACGUCUCACAUCAGGGCAUCUACAGCUGUCAUUACUCCUACCAAAACAACACUAUCAAGUCACCUUGGAGUAACAGUGUUAACAUCACUGUGGUGAACUUGCAGCAGCCAAGCAUUUCCCACAGUGCGCCUGUUGGAUGGUUUGACGAGGGACCUCAGUGGCCAGUGAUCACCAGGGGCCACAGUUUCACUAUCAUCUGUUCCACUGAAUCUCAGUUUCCUGGAGGCUCUUUUCACUUGUUCAGGGAAUCAGAUAUCAUCAGGACUGAGUCAGCUGUCAAUCACUCUGCCUCCUUCUUCUUUCCUGAGGCAGAAUAUUCAAAUGAGGGAAACUACAGUUGUGUUCAUGAAGUCAGUUUCUCCUCACGCUCCUUCCGUUCAUCUGCCUCUGAACUGCUGCUCAUCACUAUCACAGCCUCCCUGCUUCCUGUCAUUGGUGCUGCAGUGUCAGCUGUACUGCUCUUAUUGUCUGUCCUCAUAAUCAUCCUCCUGCUGAAGAGAAGACAAAAGCAAAGGAAUAAGGAAACUCUCUUUAAGUUCUCCUUUAGAAACGCUGCAGCUAAUACAUAUUCAGGUGCAUCCCAUGACAAGAAAAAUGAAGAGGAUGAUGAGGCUGAUUAUGAAAAUGUAGAAUUUAAUAAUAAAAACAUGUAUCAUGAUGACUCUGAAGAGGACUAUGUCAGUGUUGACAUGGAUGACUCUGAAGAGGACUACGUCAAUGCAAAUUUAUGGAGAUUAAAAGUGUGGUAG